GUUGUUUGUUUGUUUGUUUGUUUGCUUUUUUCAAAUCGCCCACAAUAUAAAUUUUUUUUUUCAUUAUUAUUCACUUCGCAACAGUAACAAUCGUAUAUACAAAAACAUAUGUACAUGUGCGAGCGUGAGUGCUUCUCUCUCUCUGUGUGUGUGUGUGUAUGUGUGCAUACAUAUAUCCAUGUAUUUGUGUACUUUUGUAAACAUGUUCACAAUUAAAUUUUAUUAUAAAUAGUCUUCUAUUAAUAGACAAUUUCUUUUUCAUCUAUUUCUUCAAAUUAUAAUUACAUUACAUUACAUUACAUUACUUAAACUUGUUACUAACUGCACCUCCCCACCCCUCAGAAAAAAAAUCAAAAAAACAAAAACAAAAGAGAAACAUGCAGUGUAUUGUAGACAUUCAUUAGAUUGUUUUGUUUUGUUUUUUAUUCUUAAUAUUAAUUUAACAAUAUUACAUAAUCACUUAGAAGAUAAUCAUUAAUUCAUUGAUAUCAUUGACGUGACUAUAUAUACUCUAUAUUCAUAUCUAUAUCUAUCUGUAUCCAUAGUACAUAGUGACAAUAUUGUUCCAUGAAUCAAAAUAUCAGUGUAUUAUUACUAUCUAUUGUAACAUAUUACUUAUUUAUUGAUUUCAGUUAUGGUAUAAAAAGUCAUAUAUGCAGUCAAUACAAUGGACAACCGAUAUGUUGUCCAGGUUGGAGAAAUGGUAUUGGUGCACCAUGUAUAAUACCUGUUUGUGCCGGUAAUUGUGGUGAACGUGGUGAAUGUAUCAAACCAAACACAUGUAUUUGUUCUGAUCGACGUCUUCGUUUCAGUUGUAAAGAAGAGGAUAUUGAUGAAGAAUCAGAUACAAUGCAACUUGAUCAAGCUGAAAAUCAAUGUCCGGAUAAUUGUAAUGAACAUGGAACAUGUGAUAGUGGAGCAUGUAUUUGUCAUACAGGAUAUAGUGGAUUAAAAUGUGAAAUUAAACUAACAGGUGCUUGUUAUACAUCAUUAAAACGUGGAUUAUGUGUUAAACCAAUGCAAUAUAGAAUAUCACAAUAUGAUUAUGAAUCUAUUCCAUUAACUCAUGAAAUAUGUUGUAAUGCAUUAGGAAUUGCAUGGGGUGAACCAUGUCAAAUAUGUCAAAGUACACAUUGUGGUAAAGGAUAUGAACAAAUUGAUGGAGUAUGUAAAGAUAUUAAUGAAUGUGAAGUGGAUGGAGUUUGUCAACGAGGUCAAUGUAUCAAUGAAGAAGGAUCAUAUAAAUGUAAUUGCCCAGAGAAUACACAUUUUGAUAAAUCAACAUUAGAUUGUGUUUACACAUUACAAAUGCCAUGUGAAUUAGAUCCUUACAGAUGUCAUAAUGGAGGAAAAUGUAUAGAUCUACCAAGUGGUGAUUAUAAGUGUAUAUGUCCAUGGGGAACUAGAACUUCACAAGAUAGAAAAUCCUGUAUAGAAGAUAAAGAACUUCAUUUUGAUAUAUGUCAAUUAUAUAAAUCAUCUGUAUGUAAAAAUGGUCAAUGUAUACCACGUGGGAAUACAUAUGAAUGUAUAUGUAAUGAGGGUUUCGAACCGUCAGAAGAUCGUAAAACAUGUCAAUAUAAAGUUGAUAUUUGUUCUGUUCAUCGAGGAUAUUUAUGUACUAAUGGACAUUGUAUACCAGCUGGUCGUGAUUUCUUUUGUGAAUGUAAUCCCGGUUUCACUUUAUCUUAUGAUCGUAGAAGAUGUAUGAGUAAAUGUGAAGAAUUAGGACCAAGUAUUUGUUCAAAUGGUUAUUGUAUUGCUUUAUCCAAUGGUGAUUAUGAAUGUCAAUGUGAAAUAGGUUAUGAAAGUACAUCGGAUCAUAAAAAAUGUAUCAUGAAAAUGGAAGAAUCUAAUUCGAAUGUACAUUUUACAAAAUCUAUUCAAUAUUACAAAAAUAAAUACUAUGGUAAUAAAGAAAAUGAACCUUAUGAAAAUUCAAUAGAAAUCAAUAAACCACAAUUACAAACUGAUCAUUCUGAUAUUGAUGAUGAAAAGUCUUAUAACUGGUGGCAAAGUGAUAGUUUAUCAAAGAAACAACAUAAAUCCUAUUCACAGUGUAAGUUUAUCUCUGUUGUAUUGAUCUACCCAUCCAUUUCUUUUAGAAUUACAUAUCAUCUUACUGAACAUUAGUGAAAAUAUCUUGUCAGAAAUGUGUUUAUGUUUCUUCAAGAUGAUAACAGAUGAUGGUCCGCAAUGUAUGACUAACUGUACUUAAACUCUUAAAGGUCUGUCUUUCUGUAUGAUAUAGUCAGGAUUUUAGAAGUAAGGAAAUUUUCAUAUCGUCUUUCAAUUCCGAUCAAAAUAAUAAUUCAUUGUUACUGUGGUGUUCCAAUGAUCUAAGGUUGAUGAAACUUUACUCAGUAAAGCCGAUUGACUUAUUUGGAUUAAAAUCCGUUUUCUGAGUCUCUUGAACCCACCGCAUGGAUGUGAUUUCAGGAGGACGUCGCUGGAAUCCGGCGCGUAGACGUCGAACAUGGGCAAGUAUAAUCUAUAUGCAUACCAGUAGGACAUAAAUUUUUACCAAUGUAUCCCUUGGCAUACAUAUAGGUAUACUUAACGUGUGAGAAAACAUACGUUACAUGAAUACAUCUAGGUAUAUUCACCCACCUGGGGGGGGCUAGAUGGUCACCGCUCCCUUUGAACGUACUUGCUAAAAUGAACUGUUUCUUACUCAGUACAUGAUUAUCACUGGUACAAACAAUUCCGUCCAUGCAAUUCAUGAUAUACACACAAGAAUAGGUACUUUCUCAGGGAGGGUUGAUGGUCACGUAUUCCUAUUAUUUGUUAUCCUAUAUUUUUAUUAUAUCUUCGAUCUACUGUAUUAGAUCACUGAUUUUAGUAGACAUAUGGCAGACCUUUAUUCAGCUUACAUUCCUUGUGCUAACCCAUGCGCACACCAUUUGCAUACACCUACAAACAUUAUCUACACAAGCCGAGACUUAUGAAACUCAUAUUCAUAAACACGCAAAUCGGGAAACGCGUCAUGAUUUUAAAACCUUUAAAAAUGAGACUCGAGCAAGGUAAGUUCAGAAUAGGAGUAGUGGAUUGGUUUGAUCUCUGUUGACCGCCCAAAUUAGCUAGUAAGGUUGCUCUCACUACCUAGCAGAGGCACAUAGAGUCUUUGAGUAGAACCUUUCAUACUUCAUAGAACAUGUCUUGUACUACUGAAAUGGAAGUAAGUAAUAUAAUAAUUGCUUAUUCAGUUUCAUUUUUGAAAUUGGUUGUGAUGAUAAGCAUAGCUUAUGAAGGUACUACAUUGAUCAAAUUGAAAAUAUUACAUAAACCUUCAAACCUUUCAAAUGAAAUGCGCCAAACAAUUAAUUCUGAACAAUACAAGCAUUUCGAUUACUCUAGGUCAUGAAGAAUAUUUUUAGCUUUGAAUGAGAAGGUUGAACUCGUUAUGUUCUCUGAACUGGAUGAUUUGAUUGGAUUUGUUGAGCCAACACAGCUUACUUCUUGGCUACUUUAUUGCAACUAGACCAUCGAAUUCAAACACCACGACAUCUCUAAAUUUAUAAAUCUUUUUUUCCAGUAGAUUAAGCGUUCGUGCGCGAGACUAAAGGUUCUGGGUUGAAAUCCCGCGAGCAAGAUCGUGGAUGCGCACUGCUGAGGAGUCCCACAAUAGAACGAAACAGCCGUUCAGUGUUUCCAGGUUUUCAAUGGUUCAUAAUCUCAAUCGAACACUUAAUAAUCUCCACAACACCUAUACUGAUAGAUUUAAUUUAUAGCUUAUAGCUUAGGAACUAGUAAAACUCCGAGAAAACUGGACACCUGUCUCUCCCUAGUGACGUUCACAUCAGCUGUGUACGCUCUUGAAUAUUCUUAGAAUCAAAUCCAAUAUCAUCAGAUUUUGGUAGGAACUCUUAACCAUUUGGACCACUGGAUCGGUAUCAUUUCCAACUUCAAUAAACUUAUGUUAUAUGUGAGGUAGUAGUAGCCCUGAUCUAUCUAUAAGAAUGCUUGCUUACUGAUCUGAAGUCACUAAAUAUGAUGAAGUAGCUAUUCAUUACCUCAAAAUUCUGAUAGAUCCUUCCAGUUUUGGGGGGUUGUGGGAUUCAAACCCAGGACCUUCAGUCUUACGCGCGAACGUUUAACCUACUGAACCACUAAGCCGACAUUCAAUAGUAUGAAUGUCUAACCUCACAAUCUAUGAUGAAAGAUAUCUUCAGAUUAUC